AGGUCGAAACGUCAUCACUUUUUUUCAUAAUUUCAUUGAUUUUUUCAUCAUCAUGUUCCAAAUUACUGCGUAGAAAGUGUUUCCUUAAAAGAAAGAAUGUAAAGUCGAAGAACGAGUUAAGUUGUGAGUGAUGCAACGCGUCGACCUUAUCUUGAACGUAUCGUCUAUAUCAACAAUAAACAUUGAUCGAAAAAUUUUCAAAUAAAAGCAACUUUAAGAUGAGUGUUACCGUGCCAGCAAUUUUAAAAUAUUUAAGCAAUGACAGCAUGAAUUUCAUCAAGGAGGAAGACCGAACAUCUACGAGAGCAAAGAAGCGCAGACUGGAUCAUUUGACAUGGGAGGAAAAAGUCCAACGAAAGAAACUGAAAAACCGUGUCGCCGCUCAAACGUCACGAGACCGAAAGAAGGCGAAAAUGGAGGAGAUGGAGCAGGCGCUUCAAGAGCUUUUUUACAAGAACGAGGAGUUGAUAAAAGAGUGUAAGGAACUAAGGGCCACGAAUAAGAAAUUAAAUGAGGAAAACUCUAAGCUACGAAAUGUACAGAAUACCUGUAAAUGCGAUCACAGCCGUGUCGUCGAAUCUGGUGUCCAACAAGGAUCUGCAGCAUCCAUCCCUCUGCCGAAGGGCCGGGACACUUAUUCAACAGCGGCUCUGAGAACAGAAACGGUAACUGCACUUUGGAAGAUAGUAUUGGCCUGCCUUCUUUACCAGACCUGCUCAAUGGACUCGACCAAGACGUUGACCUCGACUCUCUGGAAGAACUUACCCAGAGCCUCUUGCAGGAUAUCGCCGCAGACCUGGAGGCUGCUGCUCAAAAGACAAAUUGCGAAAUCGUCUGCUAUUUGUAGAUACAUUAAUGCUUUAACGGAUGUUAUAUGCGAAUUUCAACAAGUAGUGACUCUCAGGAACCAAUCUUUGGUGGAGAAGAACGUGGCCGAGCAGUGGUGGGGCCGCCAUCAGAAGAAUUGGAAUCCAGUCGAUGUGUUAGUGUAAAGAGCGAGCCGGCGAUCGAAGAUGAAAUAUCACCUUACUUACUACUGCACCACAACUACAGCGCAAAGCAACCGCCGCAACCGGCACCAAAGAAGGUCAAAAAUGUGAAAAAAUUAAAUACAAAAACCAAGCCCAAACUUAUAAUGCCGAAAAUCGAACCGGUCGACAACUCGGACAUACUUUAUGGAACGCUGGACGAGUCGACGAAUUGCAUUACGAUCAUCGUUGGUGACAGCAGUUUGAGAUUGAGCGAGGCUGUUACGGAAGUCGUGACGACAGUUAACAAUGACUUACAUGUACACGAGGAUACUGUGGAAAUGUUGGACGUUAAAAGUCAAGCUUCACCUUAUAAUUCCGAUUGCGGGUACGAAUCGUUGGACUCGCCACACAGUAUGGAAGAACCAGACAUAUGGGAUCAGAGUGUUUCGGAAUUGUUUCCUACAUUACUUUAAGGACGUUUUUGUAUUUAAUUUGUAAAUAUUGUACAUAUUUUUAAAUUAUUUUUAUAUCUGUGUUAACUCUUAUGCAUAGUUUAAAUUUCGUAUUGUUUUGCAAUAAAGUUUGUGUAGUAGGUAGAA